AUGUUCCAGACAGGGCUCCUCUCCGACUCCGACGAGCCCGUCAUGCUGGCGGACGACGUCAUCGACGUGCUCGCCGCCUCCUUUGCCGCGCUGCGCAUCUCCGGUGCGCCCGCGGCCUAUGAGUACCCAGGGAGGUGCAUCACAUCUCCGACUCCCCCAUUUCCCUCGGUGACGAGGCUCUCGCCGGGGCAAUGGACCUCUGCGUCCGAGUGGAGGUGUUCGCCACCGACACAGCCUCCUCCUCGUCUAGCGCUGCGAGGAAGGCCGCCGAAGCCAAGGCCGCAACGGAUCGCGCCCAACCCGCUGCGCGCCAUGAUGCAGAGCCUCCGUGUUCCCAUCGCCACCGACGUUGACGCCACCAAUGCCGCCGAGACCCAGGCUCGGCUCGAGGAAGAUCUCCAGCGCCUGCUGGACCUAUCCGAAACGCUCGCUGCCAUGCAGCAUCGUCCGGACUCCGCUCAGCGGGAGCGUGACGCCACCUACGGCUUCACGUCUACCGCCGCCGAGCCAAGCCGGGUUGCAGAUGUGCAGGCCCGGGGCGGCGCCAUCGGCCGCGCCCUCGGUGCAAUCCCGCCCGUCUACGAAACCCCCGUGAAGAAUAUGCAUGCUGCACAAGAGGACGCAGUCAGCUUGGACCAGCUGCAGGGCGAGGAGCUGAAAGACCGCCUGCAGCGGGUGAACGAGUUUCUCGAUGCCGCCAACAUGCAGCAGAACUGCCUCAACAAGCCCGCGGGAUCCGUCUCCCGCCACACCGACGACCCGGAGCAGAACACGGCGUCUUCGCCACCCAUCGAAGCUCAUUCCGGCCAUACCCGGACCCGGCGCAAACCCGCCCCGGCUACCGCCGGCUGCUUGGCUGACGAGACGGACCCAGAAGAUCGGCACCGGCUUGAUCCUCCCCCGCAACCCGGCCAUCGCGCUCGUCCGGCUUCAGCCGACCCGGCCCCCCGCAGCGCGGUAACUAGCCUGCUAGGCCCAUGCGCCAUCGACACGACACCGACGCUCGCCACCGCCUCGACCAGCUUGCCCUCUCCUUAG